AUGUCGAAUCCUUCCUCCGAACCCGAUAAUCUCGACCCUUGGCUCUUGUUCAGCCCCGCAGGUGUGGUCGACCAGACCGAGUGUGACUUGCGUGCCGCUGAUGAGCAAGCCCAGUCUUUCGUUCGUUCUCUUCAGGGCUCUUUCCAAGGGGGUGAGUCGGGAGCCCUUGAAGAUACUGAGGCUUUGGAGAGUCGCAACUGGGUCAACUGCACUAGGCCUUUUCAGGGUUUGCCCGGGGUUCCAGGGGACGACGAGGGUUGGGUCGACCCAGGCUGGGUUCAGGGCAGAGAGCCUGUAUUCGGCACACGCAUACCGCCUUCGUCGUGUGCACCUACUUCAAUUUCUGAAGCUGCUUGGUAUGACGCCUGUCGUGACUUGGAGACAGACGAUUUCUUGAGUGCCACCUUGCGUGUGGCAAACCAUUCUUUUCAAGAAUCCGAUGACGCUUCGCUUCUGGUCCCUCUUCCAGAUGACCGAAUCUUGGGUGAUUUCCAGCGUGCAGCUGUAGAGGCUACUUCACAACAGCGUUUUGAGAGCAGGCCGAGAUUUUCAUGGGAAACAUCUUCGUCUUUGCGUUUUUCCUGGGAGAGAGGAACGAGUCCUUUGCAAGUUAUUGGUGCAAUUGAUUUUCUUGAUCCAGAGGAAUCCGAUGACGAAGCAAAACGAAGGUGUGUGCCACCCACGACGGUUAAGUUCCUGAAACGCAUCACAGUGGAGCGGUCGGAGGAAGACAUCCGAACGGCUGCUCUUAAGAAGAUGAGGCUGGUCAUCUUGUGGGAUCCAGAGGUGAGUAGCUUGGGAAGGUCUUUGCUGUCGUUGCUCGGGGCAGAUGUAAACGAGGAGGCCAUCAAGAAGUCUUUUUCGGAUGCCUUCAGAACUAAAGCUUCCAGGACAAUCUCAAAGCGAGGUGGGUCCCUCCUGAGGUAUUUUUCCUGGUGCACAACAGAGAGCAUAGACAGCCCUCUUGCAGUCGAUGAGCCGACCAUAUACAUGUAUGCAAACUUCUUGCGUGACUCAGGAGCCAGGCCGACCAGCAUGACGCAUUUUGUGGAAGGCCUUCGCUUUGUGCACGGGGUCGCCAAGUUGCUGCACAUGGAGCCUGAAACAGUCCUCUCCAGCCGGGUGCUUGGCAUAAGCCGGGACCUAUAUUUGAUGAAGCGUCCUCUGCAACAGAAACCUGAACUGACGGUUCCCAUGUUGAUGGCAUUGGAAGCAUUCUGUGUGGAAACUGGACCAGUACUUGCGUGCAUUUGUGGACAGCUGCUGUUUUGUGCGCAUUCGGCUGACAGAUGGAGCGAUUCUCAGAACCUCAAGGAGAUUUCAAUUCAGGAGUCCGACGGCGUGAUCUUAGUUGUUGCAUCAGGCUUGACAUCCAAGACGACUGUCUCUAAGGAGGCAAAAACCCGGCUGCUUCCCUACGCAGCCCUCGGCUGUGGGUUGUCUGGCAACAAUUGGGCGAAAGCUUGGCUGAAGGCUCGUGAACAUGAAGGCCUCUCCCUUGAGAACUUUGCGCUGCCGUCACGCCUCGAGAGCCAAAACCGCUGGAGCUCUGUUCAGAUGGGGAGCGUCGAGGCGACCAGCUACCUGCAGGACUUUCUGAUUUUGAAGGGAAUCGAUCAAGACCAAGCCAUGCAGAGGGCGACGCAUUCGUUGAAGGCCACUUUGACAUCUUGGGCGGGCCGCUGCCCUCGCCCAAAAUUCAGUGGAGCGGAAAAGCGCCUUCUUGGACACCACAUUGCUCCAAAGGAGAAAUCACCGGCGACCUACGCCCGGCAGCAGUACACCCUUUUGUACGGGCGAGUCAUGGCGAUGUUCGAAGCCAUCCGCGCGGGAGACUAUGACCCUGACUUGUCUGACGUUGAUCGGGUGGUGCAAGUGGCUGCAGCGGAGCGACCAGGUGCCGCCCAGGACGUCAUUGCUCCGGAACCCGAGGCGCCUGUGCCACGACACGAUUUUGACGAGUUCGAGGACCCCCCGUCUUCACAGAGCUCUGAAGCUUCUGAGGCUCCAGGCCGCGGUGGAGGAGGCUUACAGAGGGCGUCGCACCGAAGUCUGACAAUCGGUGAUGUUGCUCCCACUCGAACGCAAGUCGAGAUCUUUGGGGAGAGCAAGUUGAGCCUACUCCAGCUGACUCGAAGCCUUUAUCGAGAAUCACCCAGCUGUGAGUGUCGAGCCAUGGCGGGGAUUGCAGUGGAUAGCGAGGCCUGGUUUUUGGAGCGUUGCCAGAAGGUCAAACUCAGCGAGUCCACCAUUCGCAUUCUUGUCGAUGCGGGAUUCAAGAGCUUCGGAACCUUGGCUUUUGCUGUGUCUACCACGCCGACACAAUUGGAUGAAGCCGAUGUGAAGCGAUGGAUGGGAAACAUUUUUCCACAUGACUUCCCGCCUGAUCAGUCCUCUAAGGUGAGACGUUUGAUGUUUGAAGCCCAGAACCUAAGCGUGGCUGACAUGAAGGCACGCGUGGAACCUGCCGCUGACACAGCUGCGGUUCGUGCUAUGCCCAAUGCGGAGCGCUUGGCCCGCCAGGAGGCCUUGAAGAAGCGUGUCACGGGCCUCAUUCUUUCGCCUGAAACCUUGCCAGCUCAUUCCGUUGUGGACACUCUUGUCAAACAACUCGAGGAUGGAGUCCUCCAGUACUUGCCAGCCUAUCGCAUCAUCAGCCGUGCCCAGGAAGCUCAGAUGUUGAAGAAAGACCAGCAAGUGGUGGUUGAUGGCGAGGGGAACUUGAAGAUGGCGAGCAAAGCCGAAUCUGCCACUUGUGACACGCACACUGACUUAGCUCUGCGCAAUGCUUGGACUCGUCGCUCGCUGGCAUAUGAUCUCGCCGGCUUGUGCAGCUUUCAGGUGCUUGAGGAGUGGUGUCACAAAUGCUUCCUUGCCUUGAUGAGGCCCGUGCCCAAUGGUUACUCCAAAGUAACCACUCAUCAACUUAUUGCUGCCGACAGGCACCUGUUCACGCUGGCUUCGCAUGCGCUCCUUGGAAAACUUGCCGGCGAGCCCGGCCGUGAGAAGCCUUUGGAAACCCAGAUCAAGCUUUUGUCCGAGUCGCAAGAGGUUUUGCAGUACCUUAACGCUCUCCCUACUCCUCCUCCUUCUGCCCCCUGGCCAGGCAAGCGCAAAUGGGAUGACCCCAAAGGCGGUGAGAAGGGCGAUAAAGGGAAAGGUAAGGGGAAGGGCAAGUCGUCUAAAGGUGAGGUUCGCAAGGAGUUCACAGUGCCCGACGGCUGUGUCAGCCGCGUGAACGACAAGCCUGUCUGCUUUGCCUUCAACCAAGGUCCCGAAGCCCUUGCCGAGCAACUUCUUCGAAAGCCAACCUUGGAAGCCUUUGAUGUUUUGCGAGUUUUCGACCUCUUGCCCAGAAAUCCAUCUAAACGAGAUGCCUUCCAUCACCGAAGCUUUGGUUGCGGUGCCUGGGUGUUCGGGUCCCAGAUCGGAAUUCGUACAGAUACUAAGUCUUUUCCAAAGAGCUCCGCUCUCUUUUGCCGUUAUGUUCACCAAGUGAAUCCUCACCACACCUUUUCCAGCCUGGUCUUGCUCGAUGAUGUUCAAAGCCCACUCCAUGUGGACUGCAACAAUGACCGCUCCUCCUGGAACCUCGUCAUCCCCUUGACCCGAUUUCGCAAAGGCCAAAUCUGGGAAGAAUGCGAAGGAGGGGCUGACCGCUUUGAAGACGCUUCUGGCACUUUUUGGGGGCGUCUGCAUGAUGUAUCCGCCGGACCAGUCUUGCUUCAUGCCGCCGUGAACCGCCAUGCUGUUUUGCCUUGGGAAGGCCGCAGGGUUGUGCUGAUUGCCUUCACCCCCCGGGAUAGUCCCAAGCUUCCCCUUGCCGACCGUGACUGGCUGGGUGACAUUGGCUUCCGCCUACCCUCCUCAUCCGCCUUGCCCACCCUUGGCCCGCCCAAACUCUUUCUCGAGGUCUUCUCCGGGUCCGCGACCCUGGCUCGAGCCGCCCAGAGGCUCGGGUUCACGGCCGUUGCUGUUGAUAACUGUCCCCGGCGUCCUCAAGUUCCCACGGUUCGCCUUGACCUUGCUUCCGAUAUGGGCCGCGAUGCCUUGUUUCGUUUGCUGCAUGACAAAAAGCCUGCCGCGGUGCAUCUAGGCCCCCCUUGUGGCACAUCGUCUCGGGCCCGUGAGCGGCCCUUGCCGGCCAAGUUACGCGCCCUCGGCCUCCGUGACCCUCGGCCGCUUCGGAGCGCCGACUUUCCCCUCGGCUUGCCUCACAUUGACCCCGCCAGCCCUGAUGGUUUGCGCCUCGCCGCUGCCAAUCGUCUUUAUGACUUGGUCUUUCAUGUCCUGCUUUGGUGCGCUGAGCACGACUGUGUCUUCACUCUUGAAAACCCCUCGAACUCGUGGUUCUGGAGUGUGCUGGCCUUGAAGGUCCGAAUGCACGCUUCGCCCAAGGUCCGCCGCUGGUUCAGUGACUUGCAUGAGAUCAUCUUCGACGCUUGUGAGCACGGUGGCGCUCGUCCCAAGUCCACCAAGCUCCUCAGCAACCGGGCUGCCUUUGGCAGCCUUCGUGCCCGCUGCAGCGGCCGUCAUGUGCACGAACCUUGGGGCGUCAGCUGGCGUGCUGGCGGUUGGGUGUGGUCCACUCACCUCGAGGCCCAGUAUCCUGUUGUGUUGGCUGCUCGCUGGGCCGCAUGCUUUGCUUCUGCUUGCCAUGUCUCCCCUGGCCCGACCGAGGCCCCCGACCCGCGCUUGCAGUCUCUUUCCGCGGUGGGACGCCAAACCCGUAAGCAUAAGCCCUUGGUUUCCGAAUAUAAAUUCGUGCGCAUCAUGCCCCGCGGCCAAAUUCCCUCAUCCGGUUGCAAGGUCCUCGGCGCGCCUCCCGUGCAAGGGGGUGAUUCGGGGGAGGUCGCCGAGGCUCUUCCUGAGACUUCCCCAGACAGCGAGGGGCUUGGUUUGGAUAGGGGUGAGGAUUGCCAGGUUGGUUUCUACAGGGAUCCUUGUGAAUGGUUCCAGGCUGCUAAGAAAGUGUGCCACCCUCUUGACUCCGAAAACAAACUCCCAAAGGAGCUGAAAGCUUCUCUUGAGGCCAACAUGGUAGCUGAUCGCCGAGCCCUCUUUCUUCGUCGAAAACUUGCACUGAUGAAAGCAGAGAUCCUUUCCAAAAAGUUGGAACAAGACGAAAGCAAACUUCACUCAGCGAUGCCAUCGUGGAUGCAGACCGUGAUGCAAGGCAAGAGGAUCCUACUUCUGGAGUCUUUGCUGCGACAGCACAAUUUCGAUGACAUGGAGGCAAUCGAGCUUUUGAAGUCGGGGGUGAAGUUGUCGGGUGUGUCCGAAUGCCCUGCUGCCUUUGAUGUCAAAGUGAAACCUGCCACGUCUACCGAAGCGGAGCUCCGUCAAGUCGCUCCCUUGAAACGGGCAGCGCUACUUUUGGAAAAUCGGGCUUCCGAUCCCGAGCUAGAACGCGAUCUGCUGAAGGUGACCAUGGACGAAGCGAAGGCUGGAUGGCUUCAGGGGCCUUUCAGCAGUGAAACGGAAGUUUCUGAGCAUCUGGGGAGAACAGAUUGGAGUUUGAUGCGAAGGUUUGGCGUUCGACAAGGAGGCAAACUGAGACCGAUUGACGAUGCCUGCGAUUCCGACUUGAACUGCACUUUCACCAGCACCAUGAAGCUAAAGUUACAGGACGGCGACUUCUGCAUCUCUUUGGCCAUGGAAAUCGCAAAGCGCGUGAUGGGAAAGCCGGGAGUCGUUCCCAGAGAGUGGAGUGGCCGAUGCCUUGAUCUAAGUGGUGCUUACAAACAGAUGGCAGUCUGUGAGCAACAUCGGAGCUUGUGCGUUCUGCUUCUGCGUGAUGCCGAUGGCCGCCCAAUCUUUUUCAUUUCUUCAGCAUUGGUUUUUGGGGCCUCUGCUUCAGUCUAUGCCUUCUUAAGAAUAGCUCGGGCCUUGAGCUUCUUACUGAACGUCGUGCUGGAGAUCCCUCAUGCAAACUUCUUCGACGACUAUCCAAUCCUUGUGCCUUCGGAAGAUGCUGAACAGGUGGGCCUCCUAUGCACGAAGUUUUUGCACUUGCUUGGUUGGAAACAUGCCGAAAUUGGAGAGGGUCACAAAGGCCUCCCCUUUGCGAAGUCCUUUGACGUGCUGGGCUUGCAUCUCGACAUCUCUUGCAUAUCUUCGGGAACCUUGACAGUGGCUAACAAGCUUGGCCGGGUUGACCGACUCCUUGAGCGCCUUCGUGAGAUCAAGCAGUCAGCAGUCCUUAGCCGCCACGAGGGCCAAGUCCUGCUGGGCCUCCUGCGGUACGCAGCUGGGUUCUUCGGGGGCCGGACUUUGCGUUAUGUUUGUGAAGAUUUGAACGCCAUAGUGCAUCAUGGACAUCACCCUUCUCCUGUUGCGGUUAGACUGCUAUGUCAACGCGCUAUAACUGCACUGGAGUCGUCGAGGCCCCUACAGCUCAAAGCAGAUAUGCCGAGUUCUCCGGUGCAUCUCUUUACAGAUGGCAGCUGGGAAAAAGGUGUAGCCGGAGUUGGGGCUGUGCUUUUCGACGCGCACGAUGGUUCGGCAGAGGUCUUUGGAGGCGAGAUGCCAAAGGACAUGGUAGAAUCGCUCCUACAGACCGACGGUGACCACUUGAUUGGACAAAUCGAAACCUACGCUGUCGUGGCCAUGCGGAUACACUUGGCCCAUCGCCUUUCAGGACGUCGAGUGAUCAUCUGGACAGACAAUGAAGGUUGUCGAUUCGGGCUCAUUAAAGGCCGUUCGAAGUCCCACACGAUGGACACCUUGAUCAGAAGCUUCGCCGCUGCUGAGGAUGCCGAUCCAAGUCAUACCUGGAUAUGUCGUGUGCCGAGUUACUCGAACAUCGCUGAUGGGCCUUCUCGGGGAAAGCCUGAGGAGGCUCUGAAGAUUUCAGGUGUGGUCGACCAGACCGAGUGUGACUUGCGUGCCGCUGAUGAGCAAGCCCAGUCUUUCGUUCGUUCUCUUCAGGGCUCUUUCCAAGGGGGUGAGUCGGGAGCCCUUGAAGAUACUGCCGAGAUUUUCAUGGGAAACAUCUUCGUCUUUGCGUUUUUCCUGGGAGAGAGGUGUGUGCCACCCACGACGGUUAAGUUCCUGAAACGCAUCACAGUGGAGCGGUCGGAGGAAGACAUCCGAACGGCUGCUCUUAAGAAGAUGAGGCUGGUCAUCUUGUGGGAUCCAGAGGUGAGUAGCUUGGGAAGGUCUUUGCUGUCGUUGCUCGGGGCAGAUGUAAACGAGGAGGCCAUCAAGAAGUCUUUUUCGGAUGCCUUCAGAACUAAAGCUUCCAGGACAAUCUCAAAGCGAGGUGGGUCCCUCCUGAGGUAUUUUUCCUGGUGCACAACAGAGAGCAUAGACAGCCCUCUUGCAGUCGAUGAGCCGACCAUAUACAUGUAUGCAAACUUCUUGCGUGACUCAGGAGCCAGGCCGACCAGCAUGACGCAUUUUGUGGAAGGCCUUCGCUUUGUGCACGGGGUCGCCAAGUUGCUGCACAUGGAGCCUGAAACAGUCCUCUCCAGCCGGGUGCUUGGCAUAAGCCGGGACCUACAUUUGAUGAAGCGUCCUCUGCAACAGAAACCUGAACUGACGGUUCCCAUGUUGAUGGCAUUGGAAGCAUUCUGUGUGGAAACUGGACCAGUACUUGCGUGCAUUUGUGGACAGCUGCUGUUUUGUGCGCAUUCGGCUGACAGAUGGAGCGAUUCUCAGAACCUCAAGGAGAUUUCAAUUCAGGAGUCCGACGGCGUGAUCUUAGUUGUUGCAUCAGGCUUGACAUCCAAGACGACUGUCUCUAAGGAGGCAAAAACCCGGCUGCUUCCCUACGCAGCCCUCGGCUGUGGGUUGUCUGGCAACAAUUGGGCGAAAGCUUGGCUGAAGGCUCGUGAACAUGAAGGCCUCUCCCUUGAGAACUUUGCGCUGCCGUCACGCCUCGAGAGCCAAAACCGCUGGAGCUCUGUUCAGAUGGGGAGCGUCGAGGCGACCAGCUACCUGCAGGACUUUCUGAUUUUGAAGGGAAUCGAUCAAGACCAAGCCAUGCAGAGGGCGACGCAUUCGUUGAAGGCCACUUUGACAUCUUGGGCGGGCCGCUGCCCUCGCCCAAAAUUCAGUGGAGCGGAAAAGCGCCUUCUUGGACACCACAUUGCUCCAAAGGAGAAAUCACCGGCGACCUACGCCCGGCAGCAGUACACCCUUUUGUACGGGCGAGUCAUGGCGAUGUUCGAAGCCAUCCGCGCGGGAGACUAUGACCCUGACUUGUCUGACGUUGAUCGGGUGGUGCAAGUGGCUGCAGCGGAGCGACCAGGUGCCGCCCAGGACGUCAUUGCUCCGGAACCCGAGGCGCCUGUGCCACGACACGAUUUUGACGAGUUCGAGGCGUCGCACCGAAGUCUGACAAUCGGUGAUGUUGCUCCCACUCGAACGCAAGUCGAGAUCUUUGGGGAGAGCAAGUUGAGCCUACUCCAGCUGACUCGAAGCCUUUAUCGAGAAUCACCCAGCUGUGAGUGUCGAGCCAUGGCGGGGAUUGCAGUGGAUAGCGAGGCCUGGUUUUUGGAGCGUUGCCAGAAGGUCAAACUCAGCGAGUCCACCAUUCGCAUUCUUGUCGAUGCGGGAUUCAAGAGCUUCGGAACCUUGGCUUUUGCUGUGUCUACCACGCCGACACAAUUGGAUGAAGCCGAUGUGAAGCGAUGGAUGGGAAACAUUUUUCCACAUGACUUCCCGCCUGAUCAGUCCUCUAAGGUGAGACGUUUGAUGUUUGAAGCCCAGAACCUAAGCGUGGCUGACAUGAAGGCACGCGUGGAACCUGCCGCUGACACAGCUGCGGUUCGUGCUAUGCCCAAUGCGGAGCGCUUGGCCCGCCAGGAGGCCUUGAAGAAGCGUGUCACGGGCCUCAUUCUUUCGCCUGAAACCUUGCCAGCUCAUUCCGUUGUGGACACUCUUGUCAAACAACUCGAGGAUGGAGUCCUCCAGUACUUGCCAGCCUAUCGCAUCAUCAGCCGUGCCCAGGAAGCUCAGAUGUUGAAGAAAGACCAGCAAGUGGUGGUUGAUGGCGAGGGGAACUUGAAGAUGGCGAGCAAAGCCGAAUCUGCCACUUGUGACACGCACACUGACUUAGCUCUGCGCAAUGCUUGGACUCGUCGCUCGCUGGCAUAUGAUCUCGCCGGCUUGUGCAGCUUUCAGGUGCUUGAGGAGUGGUGUCACAAAUGCUUCCUUGCCUUGAUGAGGCCCGUGCCCAAUGGUUACUCCAAAGUAACCACUCAUCAACUUAUUGCUGCCGACAGGCACCUGUUCACGCUGGCUUCGCAUGCGCUCCUUGGAAAACUUGCCGGCGAGCCCGGCCGUGAGAAGCCUUUGGAAACCCAGAUCAAGCUUUUGUCCGAGUCGCAAGAGGUUUUGCAGUACCUUAACGCUCUCCCUACUCCUCCUCCUUCUGCCCCCUGGCCAGGCAAGCGCAAAUGGGAUGACCCCAAAGGCGGUGAGAAGGGCGAUAAAGGGAAAGGUAAGGGGAAGGGCAAGUCGUCUAAAGGUGAGGUUCGCAAGGAGUUCACAGUGCCCGACGGCUGUGUCAGCCGCGUGAACGACAAGCCUGUCUGCUUUGCCUUCAACCAAGGUCCCGAAGCCCUUGCCGAGCAACUUCUUCGAAAGCCAACCUUGGAAGCCUUUGAUGUUUUGCGAGUUUUCGACCUCUUGCCCAGAAAUCCAUCUAAACGAGAUGCCUUCCAUCACCGAAGCUUUGGUUGCGGUGCCUGGGUGUUCGGGUCCCAGAUCGGAAUUCGUACAGAUACUAAGUCUUUUCCAAAGAGCUCCGCUCUCUUUUGCCGUUAUGUUCACCAAGUGAAUCCUCACCACACCUUUUCCAGCCUGGUCUUGCUCGAUGAUGUUCAAAGCCCACUCCAUGUGGACUGCAACAAUGACCGCUCCUCCUGGAACCUCGUCAUCCCCUUGACCCGAUUUCGCAAAGGCCAAAUCUGGGAAGAAUGCGAAGGAGGGGCUGACCGCUUUGAAGACGCUUCUGGCACUUUUUGGGGGCGUCUGCAUGAUGUAUCCGCCGGACCAGUCUUGCUUCAUGCCGCCGUGAACCGCCAUGCUGUUUUGCCUUGGGAAGGCCGCAGGGUUGUGCUGAUUGCCUUCACCCCCCGGGAUAGUCCCAAGCUUCCCCUUGCCGACCGUGACUGGCUGGGUGACAUUGGCUUCCGCCUACCCUCCUCAUCCGCCUUGCCCACCCUUGGCCCGCCCAAACUCUUUCUCGAGGUCUUCUCCGGGUCCGCGACCCUGGCUCGAGCCGCCCAGAGGCUCGGGUUCACGGCCGUUGCUGUUGAUAACUGUCCCCGGCGUCCUCAAGUUCCCACGGUUCGCCUUGACCUUGCUUCCGAUAUGGGCCGCGAUGCCUUGUUUCGUUUGCUGCAUGACAAAAAGCCUGCCGCGGUGCAUCUAGGCCCCCCUUGUGGCACAUCGUCUCGGGCCCGUGAGCGGCCCUUGCCGGCCAAGUUACGCGCCCUCGGCCUCCGUGACCCUCGGCCGCUUCGGAGCGCCGACUUUCCCCUCGGCUUGCCUCACAUUGACCCCGCCAGCCCUGAUGGUUUGCGCCUCGCCGCUGCCAAUCGUCUUUAUGACUUGGUCUUUCAUGUCCUGCUUUGGUGCGCUGAGCACGACUGUGUCUUCACUCUUGAAAACCCCUCGAACUCGUGGUUCUGGAGUGUGCUGGCCUUGAAGGUCCGAAUGCACGCUUCGCCCAAGGUCCGCCGCUGGUUCAGUGACUUGCAUGAGAUCAUCUUCGACGCUUGUGAGCACGGUGGCGCUCGUCCCAAGUCCACCAAGCUCCUCAGCAACCGGGCUGCCUUUGGCAGCCUUCGUGCCCGCUGCAGCGGCCGUCAUGUGCACGAACCUUGGGGCGUCAGCUGGCGUGCUGGCGGUUGGGUGUGGUCCACUCACCUCGAGGCCCAGUAUCCUGUUGUGUUGGCUGCUCGCUGGGCCGCAUGCUUUGCUUCUGCUUGCCAUGUCUCCCCUGGCCAGACCGAGGCCCCCGACCCGCGCUUGCAGUCUCUUUCCGCGGUGGGACGCCAAACCCGUAAGCAUAAGCCCUUGGUUUCCGAAUAUAAAUUCGUGCGCAUCAUGCCCCGCGGCCAAAUUCCCUCAUCCGGUUGCAAGGUCCUCGGCGCGCCUCCCGUGCAAGGGGGUGAUUCGGGGGAGGUCGCCGAGGCUCUUCCUGAGACUUCCCCAGACAGCGAGGGGCUUGGUUUGGAUAGGGGUGAGGAUUGCCAGGUUGGUUUCUACAGGGAUCCUUGUGAAUGGUUCCAGGCUGCUAAGAAAGUGUGCCACCCUCUUGACUCCGAAAACAAACUCCCAAAGGAGCUGAAAGCUUCUCUUGAGGCCAACAUGGUAGCUGAUCGCCGAGCCCUCUUUCUUCGUCGAAAACUUGCACUGAUGAAAGCAGAGAUCCUUUCCAAAAAGUUGGAACAAGACGAAAGCAAACUUCACUCAGCGAUGCCAUCGUGGAUGCAGACCGUGAUGCAAGGCAAGAGGAUCCUACUUCUGGAGUCUUUGCUGCGACAGCACAAUUUCGAUGACAUGGAGGCAAUCGAGCUUUUGAAGUCGGGGGUGAAGUUGUCGGGUGUGUCCGAAUGCCCUGCUGCCUUUGAUGUCAAAGUGAAACCUGCCACGUCUACCGAAGCGGAGCUCCGUCAAGUCGCUCCCUUGAAACGGGCAGCGCUACUUUUGGAAAAUCGGGCUUCCGAUCCCGAGCUAGAACGCGAUCUGCUGAAGGUGACCAUGGACGAAGCGAAGGCUGGAUGGCUUCAGGGGCCUUUCAGCAGUGAAACGGAAGUUUCUGAGCAUCUGGGGAGAACAGAUUGGAGUUUGAUGCGAAGGUUUGGCGUUCGACAAGGAGGCAAACUGAGACCGAUUGACGAUGCCUGCGAUUCCGACUUGAACUGCACUUUCACCAGCACCAUGAAGCUAAAGUUACAGGACGGCGACUUCUGCAUUUCUUUGGCCAUGGAAAUCGCAAAGCGCGUGAUGGGAAAGCCGGGAGUCGUUCCCAGAGAGUGGAGUGGCCGAUGCCUUGAUCUAAGUGGUGCUUACAAACAGAUGGCAGUCUGUGAGCAACAUCGGAGCUUGUGCGUUCUGCUUCUGCGUGAUGCCGAUGGCCGCCCAAUCUUUUUCAUUUCUUCAGCAUUGGUUUUUGGGGCCUCUGCUUCAGUCUAUGCCUUCUUAAGAAUAGCUCGGGCCUUGAGCUUCUUACUGAACGUCGUGCUGGAGAUCCCUCAUGCAAACUUCUUCGACGACUAUCCAAUCCUUGUGCCUUCGGAAGAUGCUGAACAGGUGGGCCUCCUAUGCACGAAGUUUUUGCACUUGCUUGGUUGGAAACAUGCCGAAAUUGGAGAGGGUCACAAAGGCCUCCCCUUUGCGAAGUCCUUUGACGUGCUGGGCUUGCAUCUCGACAUCUCUUGCAUAUCUUCGGGAACCUUGACAGUGGCUAACAAGCUUGGCCGGGUUGACCGACUCCUUGAGCGCCUUCGUGAGAUCAAGCAGUCAGCAGUCCUUAGCCGCCACGAGGGCCAAGUCCUGCUGGGCCUCCUGCGGUACGCAGCUGGGUUCUUCGGGGGCCGGACUUUGCGUUAUGUUUGUGAAGAUUUGAACGCCAUAGUGCAUCAUGGACAUCACCCUUCUCCUGUUGCGGUUAGACUGCUAUGUCAACGCGCUAUAACUGCACUGGAGUCGUCGAGGCCCCUACAGCUCAAAGCAGAUAUGCCGAGUUCUCCGGUGCAUCUCUUUACAGAUGGCAGCUGGGAAAAAGGUGUAGCCGGAGUUGGGGCUGUGCUUUUCGACGCGCACGAUGGUUCGGCAGAGGUCUUUGGAGGCGAGAUGCCAAAGGACAUGGUAGAAUCGCUCCUACAGACCGACGGUGACCACUUGAUUGGACAAAUCGAAACCUACGCUGUCGUGGCCAUGCGGAUACACUUGGCCCAUCGCCUUUCAGGACGUCGAGUGAUCAUCUGGACAGACAAUGAAGGUUGUCGAUUCGGGCUCAUUAAAGGCCGUUCGAAGUCCCACACGAUGGACACCUUGAUCAGAAGCUUCGCCGCUGCUGAGGAUGCCGAUCCAAGUCAUACCUGGAUAUGUCGUGUGCCGAGUUACUCGAACAUCGCUGAUGGGCCUUCUCGGGGAAAGCCUGAGGAGGCUCUGAAGAUUUCAGGAGCUGUCGCAUGUCAGUCUUUUCCAUGGAUUCGGCAAGCAUUCGAAACUACCUGA